AUGCCACGCGCGUCCGAUAUACUCUCACACGGUAUCCCGUAUGAGGCGAACAACCGUGCCGUACCCGACAAAAUUGACUGGCGUGAAUCUGGUUAUGUGACGGGGGUGAAAGAUCAGGGAAACUGUGGUUCCUGUUGGGCUUUCUCAACAACCGGUACUAUGGAGGGACAGGCUGUGGAAGGUCAGUGUCGAUACAAUAGGCAGUUGGGAGUUGCCAAAGUGACUGGCUACUAUACUUUGCAUUCUGGCAAUGAGGCAGGAUUGAAAAGUUUAGUCGGUUCCGAAGGACCUGCUGCGGUCGCUGUGGAUGUUGAAUCUGACUUCAUGAUGUACAGGAGUGGCCUCUCACGUAUAUUUACACUUGAUGCCAAGACUUUAGCUCAUCCACGGUCUACCACGAAGGGACUGAGAGUUUUCAUGAGCACAGGACAACGGAUUGAUUUGAAAUCGAUCAUUGAUCCGUGUUUGGAGAACAGUGCGAUUGAUGGAUUCCCUCGAAAUGACCAAAGUUCCACAUCGAGUUACAAUGAAUUCAAUUCAAAUGAUACCAGGAAUUGUCGAUGA